AUUUUGGUAAAAGGGAAAACACACGAACAGAAAUAAGAGAGGCAGGGAGAGCAUCUUAUCUGCUACCGAGUGGGUCAGAAAAACAGAAAUGGCUAAUUCACUAGGAUGCUUCUUCCCUUCUUCUCCUCCUCCUACCUGUUACCUCCAAUCUCCCAACAAAAGCCCUAUACUUACUGACUUCUUCUUCCCAAUAAGUGAUCAGAGCCUAUCGUCGUUGGGUCAGAAGAUACCAGUGUUUCAUACUUGUAAAUCCAAAAGCUUCCAGAUUCAGGCCACAGACGGUAAUCAGACCACUAAAUCGAACAGCAUACUUUGUCCAAACUGUGAAGGCAAGGGUGCGGUGGCAUGUUCUCAAUGCAAAGGAGGAGGUGUGAAUUUGAUUGACCAUUUUAAUGGGCAGUUUAAAGUUGGUGACUCCUGUUGGCUUUGUAGUGGUAAGAAUUUGAUUUUGUGUGGGGAGUGCAAUGGAGCUGGUUUCCUUGGUGGUUUCUUGAGCACCCAGGAUCAGUAAUACAGAAAAGCCUCUUCAAAAACUGGAUCAUGUACCAUUGAAAAACACUCUUGAUAAACCUUAGAAGUAGCCUUCUUUCUCUCUAUCAAUGCUCUUCUAUAACCAACAUGUAUAUAUACUCUACAACAAUCUGUUAUCGAACACCAUCUUCUUUUUAUUGUAUUCCUGUUUUUAGA